AUGGCCGUCAUCUCCACCGUCCCCCGCGGCGACGUCACCGCAAACCUCAACUUCUUCACAGCCCCCGCCGACGGCGAAGUCCCCUUCAACCUUGUCGGCGACGGCCACGCCCCGGAGCUCGCCCGCCGCAACUACGGCGACGACUUCCACGACGUCGUCAUCCACGACGUCCGCGGCCGCGAAUCCGACUUCAACGUCAACCGCGACGCCUUUGAGCUCGUCCAGGGCAUCCCCCCCUCCGCAGAAACAGAGUUCGUCGACGACGACUCCAUCAAGAAGAAGUACUACCCAGAGGUCGAGCGCCUGCUGCUGGACAAGAUCCCCGGCGCCGACAAAAUCUACAUCUUCGACCACACCAUCCGCCGCUCGGAUCCCAACGCCAGCCGCGCGCCCGUUCUGCGCGUCCACAUUGACCAGACCGCCGCAUCGACCGAGAAGCGCGUGCGCCGCUACUUCCCCGACGAGGCCGACGAGCUGCUCAAGCGCCGCUACCGCAUCGUCAAUGUCUGGCGCAGCCUGAACAAGGGCCCCAUUGAAGCUACUCCCCUGGCUCUCGCUGCUUCUGCUACCCUCGACGAAAAGGACGUCACGCCCAUCUCGCACCGCUACGCCGACGGCUACCACGGCGAGACUGCCGCUGUCAACUACAACCCUGACCAGAAGUUUUACUACUUCAGCGGCAUGACGCCCGAUGAGCGGCUGCUGAUUGAGUGCUUUGACAGUGAUUCGCUCAAGCCGGGCUCCAAGACUGGUGGACGGACGCCGCACACUGCUUUUACUGAUCCCAGGACGAGACCUGAUGCCGAGGGACGAGAGAGCAUUGAGGUGCGAGCCUUGGUUUUCGGUAACUAA